AUGGCCUUCCACAGCUCUGGUUUGAUGAGAAAGCCAGCGUGGCGUCCAUCGAUGCCGUCGUGCUCCCCGGUCUGUAUGGCUCUGCUUUCCCUCCUUCUUGCUCCAGCACUCGGACAGCUAGACCUCAACCGAUUGGAUGGUGAUACCGUCUGCCCACCAAUGAGGAGCGGACAAGAUGACCUUCCAGGUUUUGAUCUGAUCACCCAGUUCCAGCUGGAUGUGAUCCCUCUGAAAGGUGUGAGGAAGGUGGACGGCUCCACUCCCCUCCAGGUGGCCUACCGUCUCGACAGGGAGGCCAACUUCCAAAUUCCAACCAUGCUGAACUUUCCUCGUGGCUUCCCUGACGAGUACUCCUUCAUGGCGACUUUCCGCAUGAUCAAGAACACAGUGAACAAGGUGUGGAACGUCUGGCAAAUAGUGGACGAGGAAGGCAACAAGCAAGCCGGGCUGAGGCUGAACGGCGACCAGCAGGCGCUGGAGUACUUCCUGAUGGGCGCCGAUGGAAACCUGCAGACCGUCGCCUUCCGCGGCCUUUCUGUGCUCUUCAACACCAAGUGGCACAAGGUGAUGAUCGGCGUGGAGCGCGACCAGGUCACUCUGUAUGUGGACUGCCAGCCUGUGGAUCAGAAACCCAUCAAGGGCAAAGGCCCAAUCAACACAGAGGGAGACACUCUUAUUGGCAGGCUGGAUGCUGAUCCCGACGCCUCCGUAGUGUUUGAACUCCAGUGGAUGUUGAUUCACUGUGACCCAAAGAGAGCCCAGAGAGAGAGCUGCAAUGAGCUGCCUGCCACUGAGAUGUAUGCCAAUGCUGAGCCUGACAAAUCAGUCCAAGGCCCCCCUGGAGCCCCUGGCCCAGAGGGCCCUAGAGGGCCUGCAGGAGAAAACGGCCGAGAUGGAAGAGAUGGUCUUCCUGGUUCUCCUGGCAGUCCAGGUGUUCCUGGCAGCAAAGGGGAGCAGGGGGAGAUCGGUCUUCCUGGACAGAGAGGCCUGCCCGGUCUUCCAGGAGCUGCUGGCUCACCUGGCCCAAUGGGUCCCAGAGGGCCUGUAGGCGAGAGAGGACUUCCUGGCUUUCCUGGACCUGCCGGCCCUGCUGGCCCAGCAAGCGAAGGACCCCCUGGACCACCAGGAAAACCGGGAAUCCCAGGAGAUGAAGGAAACAUCGGGCCUGAGGGUGCACCUGGACCCAGAGGAGGACCUGGCAUCGCAGGGCCUCCUGGCCCUCCUGGUCCACCAGGGCCAGUGGGACCGCCUGGUGCCAGCAGUGAGGGAAGUGGGGAAGCUUGUCCUGCUGCCUGUCCUGCUGGACCACAGGGAAUGGCUGGGCUACCAGGGAUGAAGGGACACAAAGGUUUGCCUGGAGAGCCUGGAAAGGACGGAGAACCCGGAGAGAAGGGAGAAGCUGGAGCAGAUGGUCCUCAGGGGCCGCCGGGUCGCAUGGGAGAUGAUGGGCAAAGAGGACCCAUUGGAUUCCCUGGAACCACAGGAGAAAAGGGAGACAGAGGUCCUCCUGGUUUCAAUGGCGUCCCAGGACCCACCGGCCCACCUGGCGCUCCUGGUGUGGAGGGGAUCCGUGGACGUCAGGGUGUGGAAGGGCCAAAGGGCGAUGAAGGACCUAUGGGAGCUCAAGGAGAAAAGGGUCCUAAAGGGGACACAGGAGACGUUGGAGAGCCUGGCAAAGAUGGCUUGGAUGGACUUCCCGGAGUUGAUGGAGCAAAGGGAGAGCCUGGUACUCCAGGAGCUGUUGGCGUCAGGGGGAUUGUGGGUAUUCCAGGGCUGCCGGGAAAGCAGGGAGUAGUCGGACCCCCGGGUGCAAAGGGCGAGGCCGGUGCUGAGGGAGCCAUCGGACCAGUUGGACUUCCUGGAAAGACUGGUGAGCCUGGAAAUGCAGGAGAAGACGGGAAGCCAGGAGACAAAGGAGCAACCGGUGAAACAGGAAAACAAGGGCCAGUGGGGCCUGCAGGUCCUCCAGGCAUCCAGGGUGACAAAGGAGAUAAAGGUGACACUGGUGCCAAAGGCUUGAAGGGUCACACUGGGCACAAAGGUGAUCAGGGACCUAUGGGGCCAAUGGGACCAAAAGGAAGUCAGGGGGAUCCGGGUCUAGCAGGAGAACUUGGAGUCAAGGGAGACCAGGGCCCUCCUGGUGUUACUGGAAUCAAAGGAGAGCGUGGAGAGAAGGGCCAAAGAGGAGCUACAGGAGACGAAGGCCGACCGGGCCAGCCGGGCCAUGAGGGCUUGGCUGGUCCAAUGGGAGCUCGAGGACUGGAGGGAGAACCAGGCAUUCCUGGAUCACCUGGUCCCAGAGGUCUACCUGGUCCAAAAGUGAGUGAUGAGAAGCUUCGGGAGAUGUGCUCAGCUGUUGUUGAAGAGCAAUUGGCAGAGUUUAUGAAAGAGUUUAUGAAGAAGCCAGCGGCCAUUGGUGCCCCUGGUAUUCCUGGACCGGCAGGACCUCCCGGCCCCCCUGGACCAGCUGGAAUGGCAGGAGCAGCAGGAGCCCCUGGGCUGAAGGGUGUCAAGGGCCAUCCAGGCUUCUUUGGACUUCCAGGAGCAACAGGCAAGAAAGGGGAUGCUGGAGAAAAAGGAGAUAAGGGGGACAAGGGGGAGGACGGUGUAGGAAUCAAAGGAAGCCCCGGCGCUCCAGGUGCACCAGGUGCACCAGGCGCUCCUGGUAUUGGCAAGGAUGGCAAAGAUGGAGAACGUGGUGAGACAGGAAGUCCCGGUGUCCCAGGAGCACCUGGUCCUAGGGGACCUUCAGGGCCACCUGGGCUUUGUGAUCCAUCAACCUGCAUAGGCAGAAUUCCACCUUUAUAUAUGGUCAGCGGAAAGAAAUCGGCUGGCUACAAAAACCCAUGA